GAGCGGCCGCUGGUGGCCUCGCCGCUGGGCCGCCCCCUGGGGCGCCCGUGCUCGGGGGCGCCGUGCCGCCCGCUGCAGCCGGCCGUGGGCGCGGGCGCGGCGGGCGCGGCCUGCGCCGGGCCGUCGUCGCGGCGGCGCACGCUGGUGGAGGCGACGCGCGCGAGGCCGCCGGAGGGCUGGCGCAGCUGGCGCGCGGCCUCAACGUGCGCCUCACGGACGCUGGGAUCCAGGCGGCGCUGGCCGGGCUGCAGCACGGCGCGGCAGGGCCUGCUGGCGGGGCGCCGGCGCGCCACCCUGGCGUCGGAGGCGCGGCCGCUGGCGGCGUCGGCGCGGACCUGAUGGCCGGGCUCGCCGCGGCUGGAGCGCCGCCUGGAGGGCCGCCGCCAGGGCUUGGCGUGGCCGUGGUGCCGCCCGCGGCAGGCGUGGCGGCGCGGGCGCCGGGCCUCGCUGCGGGCCUCCCGGGGCUGGCACCCCCUGGCGACUCGGCCUGGCUGGGCAAGGGCUUGCAGCCGGCGGCCCUCUCGCAGGUCGGCGCGCAGCCGGGCGCGAUCGUCGAGGUGCCGACCUUCGACGCCGAGGGGAAUUGCGACGGCUCGGCCCUCCUGAAGCUGGGGUUGCAGUGGGCCGCGGACGCGCUCGGCACCUUCGGCCUCGCCGAGUUCGCGGGUGCGUCGUCGCCCGUCGCUGCGGGCGUGCUGGGCGACGCGCGGGCGCAGCCGCCCCUUGUCCACCUGUGCUCCGGGGCGCGGGAGGCCUGCAGCGCCCGCGCUGGUGCUCGCCUCGUGUGCCACGUGGACACGCUGCGCGUGCGCGCGUCGUCGGGGAUCUGCGAGCCGUGGGUGCGCCGUCAGGUCAUCUUCGGGCCGCCGAGCGCUGCUGCCGCUGGAGGCGUGGCUGGCGCAGGCGGCGGAGGUGACGAGCGCAAGCUCGCGGCCAAGAUCGAGGAGCUGAAGAAUGCGCUGAAGAGGAAGGCUGGCUCGCGCCUGGACUUGUUUGCAGUGGCGACAAAGAGGCAGCGCAGGGCCGAUCCGCUGCUCGAUGACGACGACGGCGACGGCGACCCGCUUUUUCGCGAUGCCCCCUCCGGCUCCGGCAACAACAGGAUCCACGAGAUCGCUCGGGAGCAACCCGGAGCCCUGUUGGAUGCCGGCCUCGCGGAGAUGGCCCGUUUCCUUGGCGAGCGGGAGGGGGCGGAUCACACGUCAGGGGCGAACGCGGCGCGGGUCAUGGCCUAUCUCGCGAGCAUCUUCUUUGGCCAGCAUCCCCAGUCCACGAUCAGCGUGCACACCGUGAAGGAGAUGAGGACGGUCGCAGCGGCGCUCGACGCCCUCCUUCAGGGGCGCCUCCCCGAGCUCGGGGACCUCCUGAUGCAGAGGCUGAAGGCGUUGGAGACGAGCGUGCGCGACAAGGACUGGGGCGUGGCGAGCCAGCUGGAGCUCGCCGAGGAGACGCCUGGGCUGGUGCGGUCGCCCUCGCCGAGGCGCGGCCCGAGCCCCAGCAACGGGGCGCGGCCGGCGCCGCCGGCGACGGGCCCGCGGGUGGCGUUCGCACCGGAGGUCGAGGCCGUGGAGAGCGCCGCGGCAGAUCCUCCUGCCCUGCUGGCGAACGGCGCCACGAGGAAGGUGCAGCUGAAGGGGGGCGACGCGGGCACGGAGGGUCCUCCAGCCGCGGCCCCGCUCGGGCAGGGCGCAGGCGAGGAUGCAGCAGCAGCUGACUUGCGGCCCGCGCGCGCUGUCGCGGCAGCCGCCGGGGGCGUGCAGGAGUGCGACGCCACGGACGUGCCGCAGGAGCUCGUCGCAUUCGGAGCGAGUGACAAGCCGCAGCUAGUCGCGACCAAGCAGUGGGUAUACCUGAUGAUCAUCGCGCUGAACCACCUGUACGCCAACUGCGCGGCGUCGGAGGAGCGGUGUGUGCUGGCAGGCCCGGCCAGCCCCGCUCAGAUGAGGGCCGUGAGGAGGCUGGCGCGGGCAGCGAUCCUCUUCCUGAAGAGUUGCCCCACGCCGCUCUCGCCGACGGACUGGGCAGCUGAGCUGGCCAAGAAGCGCGUGGCCUACGACGGCGAGGAGAUCGGCACGGCCGAGACGCUGUCCGUGGAGCAGGUGGUGCCGGCGCUCCCGCCUAAGGGCAUCGCGGCCUCGGUGGACGCGGUGGAGCUCUGCGAGGGGAACGUCCGCGAGGCGCUGCUCGAUGCGGAUGCGAUGCUGUUGCCGAAGGGCGUGCGACCGGCCCAGGUCCCGCGCGCCAAGAUCUGGGCGCCGCUGCAGACCUGGCACGACCUCGUGGCCGUCCUGUGGGACCGUGGCCUCGUGGAGCCGAUCGCGCUGAAGGAUGUGCUGCGCGUGGACGGGCGCGCCGUGCUGUGCGGGGCGUUCGGCGUGCGCAAGGGGACCGAGCGCGCCAUCCCGCUCAAGGGCGGCACCAUGGGGCACGUCCUCAGGCUCAUCAUGAACCUCGUCCCGUCGAACGUCGUGCAGCGUGUGGUCGGCGGCGACAUGGACCAGUUGCCGCUCUCGUCUUAA